AUUCGCUUGCAGAGGUGGGGGGCGGGGGUGUAGAAGUGGCUGACUAGUGGGGUGUAGUGUGUUGAAUAACACCAGAAUACAACAGGCGAAAGCUGCAGCCUCCCGGUGCUCUCCCGUCACCACCACCACCACCACCACCACCACCACUAAAAUCACCGGUGCCAGCUGAGGACAGCCAACCGGGGAGGAGUUCGCAUAAGCGGACACCUGAGUGGAACGCCUCGGUGAAGGCGCGCCGGAGCUCAGCAGCCAGAUGAUGGACUCCCCCUCAGACCUUUUUGAUGACUCCACUGGCCAGAUCCACCAGCUUGCCCCCCCACUACGCUCCACAGACCUGCUCGGUGGACUUCCAGGACAGCCACAACUAACCACUUUCAGACCCCCCGGUUUUCCCGUCAUCCAGCAGCACCUCAUCCAGCCUCAUGGGGGACCUAGAAGGACCGGGGGUCUUCACCAGACGCAAAACAUUCCCUUGGCUUCGCUCAGGGGGGAAGAGAGAAAACUAGAUGGAGACAGACGAGAGCGGGAACACCAGAAGGUGGUUCCAAACGAUGACGAGGUUCGGAAGCGACUGUCCACCGAGUGGAGUCAAGACCUGGCCAGGGUAAAGAGGAUGAAGCUAGAAGGUCGGAUUGAAGAGGGGGGUGCGAGGCGAGGUGAAGGAGGUAGGGAGCUGAGGAUACGAAGGAGAGAGGAGCUGAAGGAGCAGCUGGAGGAGGCGAGGGAGAGACUCCAGGCCCUGCAGGAGAAAGUGCUGAGGGCCUUUGGGGAGAAGCACAUGGAAGAGGAGGAAAGAAUGUUUGAUGAAGAGGAGGAAGAUGCUGGAGGAGGGCUCCCUCUUCUCUCCACAUCCCCGUUUUCUAACUUUGACAAGCCAAGAGAAGAGAAGCAGAAAGACAAAGCGAGGACGGAGACAGGAAGAGGUGGCGUGAUGGAGGGAGUGGGGCUGUGGUUAGACUGGGAUGGAGGUGUAGAAGACAACGAUGAUGAAGGGGGGCAGAAGUUCGCUCAGGCCUUGAAGCUGCAGCUGGGCAGUGCCGUGGCCAGAGUCAUCGACCGCGUCCUUCAUCUUUACACCGAAACAUCCGAUUUGAGGCCUUCCUCUCCUCCGGCCGCCAUCUCAUUCCUCCCGUUGGAUGCAGCAGAGUCUGGGCGGGAGGACAAGGGGGCGUGGAUGGGACUCUUAACCAGAGUGGACGAGGUUGCAGGCCAGGAGGAGACGCCAGGAAGGAAGGAUGACGAAAGAGAGAAGCAGAAAACAAGCAGCUUGCCUCCACCUUGCAAUGAGCAGACAGAUUUGGCGUUGCCAUUGGUCACUCACAAGUCACCUGGCCCGCAGAAGGCCCGCCCACUUCUUGGCCCACCUUUAUCCAACCAGGCCAACCUCUCUCUACAUCACCCCGCCAUGCCUCGUCCCCCGCUUCUCUCCCACCCUCCUCUUUUACACACAGCAUCCCAAUCCAAGGACCCUUCCUCAUCUUCCUCUUCCUUCCCGCCCCCUCCCCCUCCCCCGCUGCCCCUCCCAAUGCUCCACUACUCCAUGCAGCAGCUCUUUUCCCGCUCCCUCCACCACACACAGCUGCCGCAUCUUCCGGCGUCCCGCAAGGACUUUCUCAAUUCUGACCCCUUCCUGGAGUUCCACUCACAUCCCUCCUUUCCCCCGCUGCCCCUACUGGGUCACCUGGGCCCCGCCCUCCUACGUCACGGCGGCGGCAGAGAGCGGGAGAGGGGGGUGAGGGGAGGGGGUGGGAUGGAUGGAGGAGAGCUUUACCUGACUGCUGGAGGAGUAAACGCCCAGGAGGGCUUGUCUCCCUGCCACCUGAAGAAAGCCAAACUCAUGUUCUUCUACACUCGUUAUCCCAGCUCCAACACACUCAAGACGUACUUCCCGGAUGUCAAGUUUAAUCGCUGCGUGACCUCCCAGAUGAUUAAAUGGUUCAGCAACUUCAGAGAGUUCUUCUACAUCCAAAUGGAGCGCUUUGCACGGCAGGCUGUCCGUGAGGCCCUGACACGGGACGGUGCACCUUGCUUGGGCAGAGAGAGUCAGCUCCGAGUGGGUCGGGACACAGAACUUUAUCGCAUACUGAACAUGCACUACAAUAAAAGUAACAUCUACCAGGUCCCAGAGCGGUUUAUUGAGGUGUCUGAGGUAGCCCUGAGGGAGUUCUAUUCAGCCAUCUGGACCGGCAGAGACAGCGACCCCUGCUGGAAGAAAGGAAUAUAUAAAAUCAUCUGCAAGCUUGACAGCGGUCUGCCGGAUGCCUUCAGAAUGCCUGGUUGUCCAGUUGGCUGAGCAAGUAAUUAUGAGUACAACAUAUGAGCACACAUGAAGACAUGCUGCAGUCACUAUGAGACAGGUUGUUUACACGUGUACCUUACUUACUCUAGCCUCUGUGUAAUUUUUGGUUUUAGUGCAGACACUUCACUUUAGCGUGAAUUAAUUAUUUGGUAUAAAUUAAUUAUGUACAUGUUUGUAUUCAUUUAAUAUAGAAGUUGAUACGAUGGCCGACGGGGGCAAACAACAUCCGUUAUAUAAAUAAGCUAAAGCUAUACAAAUACACAGGCAAUAAGAAAAUCAUGCAAAUUAAAGACAAUCUAUUAUGCUUUUCCUCUUCACUGACCUAUAAAUGUUGCUACAAUGUUGUAUUCUUGUGUUAAACCCACUGCAUCAGAUAAUGAGGUAACGAGUAAGCCCUGAAAGCACUUAUGGAUGGCUCUGCAUGCUGUGUUCCACUGACAUCAACGAAAACUUUCUUAUAUGGGCAUGCCCAGGCACAAGUGUGCAUAGAGUGUGCAUACAGCGAGCGGAGAGAGUGUGACCAAUCACAGUGGUAAGGGCCGGAGAUAGACUGUUUGAGGGGGAGGGAAGGACACCCAAGUAAACACUGCAGGGAUAGGUGCAGAGUCUGGAAGAUCUAGAUCUUUGGGGAUUAUUGUGUGUAGCUGCGCUAUAAGUGUCCACAACUCAAUAUAAAGGCCUUUAAUAAUAUGGCAAUCAGGAUGAAACAUAAAUGCAAAAGAAAAUGCUGAAAAUGCCGAAACACACAACCCAACCCCCCCCCCAAAAACUGUAGAGGAAGCGUAUGGACAUUUGCCCCGGUCAGCCAUCUUAUGUUGCUCUUUUGUUGAAAAACUAUGGUGGUUUUGAUUGUAUGUCGCUUUUAAGAUUUAUACAGUAUAUCAAACAAAAUCGCUCAAAAUUGCAGUAUAUUGCAUUUGAAAUAGUAAAACUAAUGUUGAAUACCUUGAUGUCCAACUUGUUGAUGACAAUACUUACAUAUUAUGUAUACUUUAAGCAAAUUUGCAUUUUUAUUUUGGCAUUAAGGCUCUUUACUCAUGAUUGUGUUGCUGCAACAAUGUCUGUGAGACUUCAUUUGUGACGUGUUUACUAUGGAUUGUAACCCAUUUUGUUUUGUUCCAGUGCUUCCUUUAAACAAAUGCACAGUACAGAGUGUAUUCUUUAAAAAAAAAAAAAUCUGUGCCUCAUGAAACUGGAUGUUUAAAAUGAACAGUGAAUUAAAAAUGUUUGUGUGUAUGAAUGCAGCACACACUUUCUAUGGCAUGCCA